AUGGAAAACAAACAACAUGGAAAGGAUUUUGUUGAAGAAGGCGGUCAAAUAGCAGCAAAAGAACAAAAAGGAGACGAAAAGCAGCAAGUGGGCGAGCAUGCAAAACUCGAACUGACAGACUUUCGACUCUUGCGUACGCUGGGCACUGGAUCAUUUGGUCGCGUCCAUCUUGUUCAAUCCAAACAUAACGGACGAUACUAUGCCAUCAAGGUGCUCAAAAAGAUGGAGAUCGUGCGACUCAAGCAAGUGGCACACACGAAAAACGAGCGCGACGUGCUGAUGAGCAUAUCACAUCCGUUUAUUGUCAAUCUUUGGGGAACGUUCCAAGAUGAUGUUAAUCUGUACAUGGUCAUGGAUUAUGUGCCCGGUGGUGAAUUGUUUUCGUAUUUACGAAAGUCCAAGCGAUUUUCUGAAUCAACGGCCAAGUUUUACGCAGCAGAAGUCUUACUGGCCAUUGUAUAUCUCCAUGGGCACGAUGUAUGCUACCGAGAUCUGAAACCCGAAAACAUCUUGAUUGACUCGACCGGCAAUAUUCGCAUUACUGAUUUCGGCUUUGCCAAACGGGUGCCCGAUGUGACAUGGACACUGUGUGGAACUCCGGACUAUCUUGCACCCGAAGUGAUUCAAUCCAAGGGGUAUGGCAAAGCAGUUGAUUUUUGGUCAUUGGGCAUCCUCAUCUAUGAAAUGCUGGCAGGUUAUCCACCUUUCUAUGACGAAAGCCAGUUUCGACUGUACGAGAAGAUUCUUACCUCGGAACUCAAGUUUCCACCCCAUUUCAGUGCCGAGGCACGCGAUUUGCUCAAACACUUGCUAACCUCGGAUCUGACGCGACGCUAUGGAAAUCUGAAGAAUGGCUAUCGCGAUGUGACUGAGCAUCCAUGGUUUGGUGAUAUGGACUUUGAAAAGAUGUUACAUCGCCAAGUCCCUGCACCCUAUGUUCCUCCGCUUUCAGGCGACGGCGACGCAAGCAACUUUGACCAAUAUCCAGAAGAAAAGAUGCCGUAUGGUUUACCGCAUUCAGACCCUUAUGGUCGUUACUUUAAAGAAUUCUAA